ACAAAAAGUUGAUCUUUCAUCACCACAAACUAUUGCUGAACUCUUAAAAGAUGAUGGAGUUAAUUAUAAAAAUGAUAAUAAUAAAGAAAUUUUACAACAAAGCUCUUUAGAAACAGAACGAAACUCAAGAUUAAUGUCAAUUCUAAAGCCAGAAGCUAAUUUUCAAGAAUAUAUUCCUUUAAAUACAACUGUUCAAUCAAGAAUGAUGUCAACGGUUGAUUCAAGAGCAAAUAGUCCAAUUGAUGAUUUUUUUUCUUCAAAUAGACCAUCAAUAGCUCUGGAAUCAAGUAAUGAACCUGAUUCUUUAAAUAAACUCUCAAAAACGGUAUCAUCACCUUCAAGACUGACAAGAUCGACACCUUUAAAAUCAAGAGAUAAUGCAUUGAACGUUUUUAAAUAA